AUGCCAUUUCGUAGCAGACUCUAUUCUCCCCACGCCUAUGUCCCUCUCUUUCUUUUCUUCUCCUCCUCCCUCUCCCUUUCUCUUCUCUCCAAGUCCACCAAGCUCCUGAUCCGCAAGCUCCCCUCCCAGCGUCUAAUCCGUGAAAUCGCCCAGGACAUCAAGUCCGACCUGCGCUUCCAGUCCUCCGCCAUCGCUACUCUCCAGGAGUCCGUUGAGGCCUACCUCGUCUCUCUUUUCGAGGACACCAACCCUCGCGCCAUCCACACCAAGCGUGUUACCAUCCAGUCCAAGGACAUCCAGCUCGCCACCAUGCGUCACCUGGCUCCUACCAAGCUCUCUUGA